AAAUGGCUUGACUCACUUGCAGUUAGACCUCUCGAUCAUUAAACAGAUGGUACAGGCUGUACUGAACAAAUUUGAAAAUGUUCAAAGGUCACAUUUUGUACAUCUACGUAUCUUGAAAAGCUACUUAUUUUUCCCCAAUUAGACCUUAGAAAUGAUGUCCAUAUGUUCUUUUGGAAAUUUUAAAGAAGUCAUAAUGGCCUAAAUGACUAUAUAUAACCAGUCAUUUACAACUUUUAAAAUAAUUUAAUUAAACAUACUAAUAAACAUAGAGGUCAAGGGUCAUGACACAUCAAGAAAUGAUUCAUGAGUAAUUGCCAUUUUUGGGGGAGGGGAGAUUCUUAAAAGAUUCUAAGAAAUCUUUGCGUGGAUACAAAAAUUUCAGUAGAUGUCAUGGCAGAUGCAAGCAGUGAGAGGUUGGAUGGUUGGAUUGGUGCAUGGGAAAGGAACAGUACGCGCUGGCACAUGCCAAAUGUGAACUGUUUUCUGGAGGAGUUCUUGGAUGUUUUGUUAGCAGGCAAAAAGGCAGCCAAGAUUUUGGUUCCACUGUGUGGCAAAACUAUUGAUAUGAAAUGGUUGGCAGACUUGGGCCACACAGUUAUUGGGGUGGAUGGAGCAGAAAAAGCCGCGACAGAAUUCUUCACAGAACAGAACAUUGCUUAUAAAGUGGAACCAUGUGAUGCCAUCCAGGGCACCCUCUGCUGCAGCAUGGACAACAAAAUACGAAUCUAUGUGGGAGAUUUCUUCAAGUUUAAUCAGGACUUCGAAGGACAGUUUGAUGCUAUAUGGGAUCGUGCUUCUCUUGUAGCCAUUGAUGAGAGUGACCGUCUGCAGUAUGUCAACAUACUAAAUUCAGUGUUGAAACCAGGGUGCCAUUGCUUGAUUGAGGCCAUGGAUUUUAUACCAAGUGAGAAAUCUGGUUCCCCACAUGCUAUCCCACUUGAAUGUGUCAGGGAACUGUUUGGAAAUGAUUACAAUGUUAAACUGUUGAAGUGUAUCAAUGGCCAAGAGGAUGGGUUUUACAGUUUAGCUCCUUUUGCCCCUCUCUUAUCAAGAUUUCACAUUAAUGCAAUUCUUGUUUCCAAGCUGUGAGACAAUCAAUGGGGAGUUUUAAUACAAGUCUGCCUAGGAGAGUGACUUUGCUGCCAAGAAAAAUGCCAUUCAUUCACAAUGCAACUUGAGAAUCUAUUUAGAUUGUAUAGUCUAUUUAGCUCAUUGAUAUCAGUGACCUUAAAAGUGACUGCAGGAAGAAGAUCCCUUUUUUAGUGUAGAGAACUUUUUCUAUAUACAUUAUUGCAACAGUAGCUUGAGCACUGAUGGCAGUGUAGCUGUUCUGAUCCUCUAGUUUCGUUCUUGUAAUCUACUUUAUACAGCAUACAUUUAACAGAUUGUGAUAAUAAUCAAAACUGCACUUGAGAGAAAGUAUUUUAAUAAUAUAUAAAAGGUCAUUAAAAGAUUACAUAAUAGUACGGGAAUGCAGUACCACAAGUAAGCAUGAUCAAUGUAAUAAAGUGGCCUUUGUGUUG